GCAAAAUAAAAGGAGAACCAGUUCUUGGGGAUCUGGUAGUGCUCAUUGAAGGCUUGUUGAAUGAUGGCUCGCCGAGUUGAGGAGGAUCUCCAAUGUCCGUCUUGUUUGGACAUCUUUAAGGAUCCCGUCAUACUGCCGUGUAGUCACAGCAUCUGUCGUACAUGUGUGGAGAAAUGGUGGGAGGAUAAAGACAGUCGCCCGUGCCCAGUCUGUAGAACGGAGUGCAGAUCGAUGGAGCUCCCUUCGAACUUGGCUCUGAGGAACAUGUGCCAGGCCUUUUCACAAAUCUCAACGAAGUCGGAGGACAUCUGCCGCUCGCAUAAGGAGAAACUCAAACUCUUCUGUUUGGACGACCAAGAGCUUGUGUGCCUCAUCUGCAGAGAUUCAGAAAUCCACACCAACCACCAGUUCCGCCCCGUUGAUGAAGUUGCAAAAGAUAAGAAAAAGAAACUCCAAGAAGUCCUGCAGGACGCAAAGAAAAGACUGAAAGAUUCUAAUGAGAUAAGGGACAACUUGAAUGAACAAUCCGUGUACAUCAAGGUCCAGAGGGAGAAGGUGGAAAGCAAGAUUAAGAAGGAUUUCGAGGAGCUUCGGCAAUUCCUGCAGGUUGAGGAGGAGGCCAGGUUGUCUGCUGUGAAGGAGGAAGAGAAGAACAAGACUCAGAUGAUGGAGACGAAAAUUAAGGCUCUCAGCACAGACAUGGCCGCUCUCUCAGACAUGAUCAGAACCGCAGAGGAGCAGCUGAUGUCUGACGAUCUUUCCCUCAUGAAGAACUUCCAGACUUUGAUGACCAAAAUGCAGAAGCUGCCCGACAAGCCCGAGCAGCUCCCAAGGAGAUUUCUCCUCGACAUUGCAGCACCACUCAGGCAUCGGCCGUGCCCAGUCUGUAGGACGGAGUGCAUAUCGGUGGAGCUCCCUUCGAACUUGGCUCUGUGGAACGUGUGCAAGGCCUUUUCACAAAUCUCAACAAAGUCGGAGGACAUCUGCCGCUCGCACAAGGAGAAACUCAAACUCUUCUGUUUGGACGACCAGGAGCUUGUGUGCCUCAUCUGCAGAGACUCAGAAAUCCACACCAACCACCAGUUCCGCCCCAUUGAUGAAGUUGCAAAAGAUAAGAAAAAGAAACUCCAAGAAGUCCUGCAGGACGCAAAGAACAGACUGAAAGAUUUGAUUGAGAUAAGGGACAACUGCAAUGAACAAUCCGUGUACAUCAAGGUCCAGAGGGAGAAGGUGGAAAGCAAGAUUAAGAAGGAUUUCGAGGAGCUUCGGCACUUCCUGCAGGUUGAGGAGGAGGCCAGGUUGUCUGCUGUGAAGGAGGAAGAGAAGACCAAGACUCUGAUUAUGAAGACGAAAAUUAAGGCUCUCAGCAAAAACAUGGCCACUCUCUCAGACAUGAUCAGAAUCGCAGAGGAGCAGCUGAUGUCUGACGACCUUUCCCUCAUGAAGAACUUCCAAACUUUGAUGACCAGAAUGCAGAAGCUGCCUGACAAGCCCGAGCAGCUCCCAAGGGGAUUUCUCCUGGAAGAAGCCAAACACGUGGGCAACCUCAAGUACUACGUGUGGAACAAAAUGAAGAAAAUGGUCCCCUACAGUCCCGUCAUUCUGGACCCCAACACAGCCCACCCCGACCUCAGUCUGUCUGAAGACCUGACCACUGUCAGAUUUGGAAUAGACCAGCGGCGCCCAAAGAAUCCUGAACAGUUCAAGUGGAAGGGUGUGCUCGGUUCUGCUUUGGCUUCGGGAACACACGUGUGGGAUGUUGAGGUGGGAGACAACACAAACUGGACAGUGGGGAUGCUGUUGGGGGAUCCUUGGCUACCAGAGACCGUGACAGCAUGGAUUUGCACAUGUCGUCAUGAAAAAUACAAAAUGUUUGUACAAAGAAACACUCUGGGGCCGACAAGGGGGCUUCAAUUAGGGGUCCAUGAGGUGGAACGCAUCACAGACUGGACAUUGGUGGAUGAGUGGGGGGGUCAUUUUCUGCCAGAACCCAUGGAAGCAAGGGUUUUGCCAAUGGUGAAUGUUGAGGAGAGAACAAUCACAAACAGGAGAGACCAACCUAUGCAUCAGGGAAUUUUUCGAGAGAAAAUGCAGAGGAUCCGAUUUCAAGCGAACACCAAAGACGGAUCGGUUACAUUUUUCAACGGUGAUAACAACAUGAGGUUGUACUGUUUCAACAAGCCCUAUAAUACCUCGUAUAUUAAUAACGAGAAAAUGUUUCCUUACUUUCGGACGAAUGGUAGAACUCCUCUGAAAAUACGUCCACUUGAACUUCGUGUUAUGACUUCUUGAUGAGGUUGACGAUAUUUCGCUCCAGAUUGUCAUCAGGUAAUAUUUUGUUCGACUGACCUGUUCAAUAAACUAUAAAUAAAUAAUGAAAUACAUUUGAGAGAAAAGUUAUAUUAUUCGUGUGUGUGUGUGUCUGUUUGGAUUUAACGUGACUCAAAGACGAGUGUUAAGUAUUUUCUUGUCAUUUGCGGUAACGUCCACUAGGUGUCAGCCUUUCUCUACUGUGAACUUUACAGAUAAACGCUAGCAGUUGAUUCCAAGUACGUAUUGUACUGCGCUGAAGAGCGCCAAUCAUUUUGUCACCUAUUGUUUCUUCACUUUACGUUCAAUACCUUUAAAUAGGGGACGGAACGGGUCUAUUGAUGAAUUUUGCAAAUGAUGAACUUCCAUCACUAAACAAAGUGCCAAAAAAUGAGUGCUGCAUGUGUUAAAGUGCACGUACAAGCCAAACAAAUACACACAUAUAUAUAUCCCCGUACCAGUGCUCUUGUUUGGUGAUUGACAGCAUGUUAUUGUUUUUUAAUAUCACCAGUGGGUUAUUAUUCGUGCUCAAAUACCCAAUACAACCCAUAAUAGUUUCUGCCUUUACAAAAGUAAACUUUGAAUAGUUUUUAUGUGUUUUGUUUUACUGUGUAGAUAAUUGCAUGAUUGUGUAUUGUGCUAAAAGAAUGUCCCGCACGGCUACCGUAGCUGAGACGAAGAAGCUGCUCUCGCUCCCCGGAUGUAACGCAACCAAGUGAUAGAUUUUGUUCUCUGAAUCCUCGUGUGAGUUUAUUAAACUGCUGUCCUCUAAACGUAUGGUGCUUGCGUCGACGCGCAUAACGACAUGGUGUCAGAAGACGUCUCGGACCUGCCCUCUGUGUAUUGAGUGGUGUUUUUUUUCUUCGCCGUGCUCCGAAGUGCGAGGGGAAUUAAGUGAAGGCUGACUAUGGCGGAAGGAUUUCGCAGGCCAGACCCUCUUGUUUUUGAAGGAGACGUUGCCGAGAAUUGGCGUAUUUUUGAAAGUGAAUAUGACAUUUUUAUCGAGGCUGCACACGCGGAUAAACCUGCCAAGACAAAAGCGUACAUCCUCCUCAACCUUGCAGGAGCAGAAGCCAUUGAACGGGAGCGUUCAUUUGUAUACGCUGCGGAAGUUAGAGCGCCAGGAGAAAAUGGAGCCGUUAUGGUCCCGGCCGAGUCUCGGGAAGACCCCACGUGUCUCAAGCGAAAAUUUCGAGAAAUGUGCAAUCCACAACACAACAAGACGAUGGAAAGGCACAAGUUUCACACUCGAAAUCAGAAGCAAGGUGAGACUAUUGAAUCUUUCAUCAGUGAUUUGAAGAUAAAAGCAAAGAGUUGCCACUUUGCAGAGCUCACAGACGAAUUGAUUUGUGAUAGAAUCGUGUGUGGCAUCAACAACGACGGUAUAAGAAAGGCUCUGCUACGCGAUAGUGACUUGACCCUCGCUAAGGCAAUUUCUAUCUGCCGUAUUUAUGAAAUGACCGAGGAAAACACAAAAGCAUUAACUCUGCAAGUAAACCCUGUGGAUGCGCUACAACAAAGCUCCAAUAGAGGACUGUACAGGUCAAGAAAUAAGAAAGCAAAUCAAUAUGAUUCAAAGAACAUCACUACUUGUGAUCAUUGUGGAGGCAGCCACCCAGCGCAAAGGGAUAGAUGUCCAGCGUUUGGCUUGAAAUGUCACAAAUGUGGAAAGAUGAAUCAUUUCAAGGAUUGCUGCAAGUCAAAGCCAGCGUAUCACAACACAGAAAGAAAGAGUUUCACAAAGAAAAGCUCCACUAGAAGACCAGUGUAUCACGUGAAGGUCGAGCAAGAGAAAGAAUACACCGCUGAUGAUGAUACAUACUCUGUAGAUGGAAUUUCUGUGGACACUAUCAAUGCACAUAUGAAAAAUAGAGAUGAAGGCUUUGUCACUCUGCAUGUGCACGGGAAACCCAUCGAAAUGAAGAUUGACACCGGAGCGAAAUGUAAUGUAAUGGCUAAGGACAUGUUUGUACAACUCUCUGAGGGGAACAUUAUUCCCUGUGGCAAGUCUACAAAUCUAGUGGCUUAUGGCGGCAGCAAGAUCGAAACUGCAGGUCUUGUCUCACUGUCAUGCUACUUGGAUGAACAGCAACACACGCUACCCUUCUUCCUCGUGGAGCGUGAUGUUAUUCCACUUUUGGGAUUUCGUGCAUGUAUGCGUCUCGGACUUGUCACAUUCAGCCCUCACGUCCACCAGGUCGGCACGGAGACUAUUACAGACUUUGUCAAAAAUAUCAAAGAGAAAUACAAAGAUGUGUUCAGCGAUGAAUUAGGAGAACUGCCAAUCACCUACUCCAUGGUAGUAGAUCCAGCUGUACGGCCAGUCGUGCGUCCAGCGCACCGUGUCCCCUUGGCGAUGCAGGCCCGCGUUAAAGCUGAACUUGAUAACAUGACAAGCAAAGGAGUCAUCUGCCCCGUCUCUGAGCCCACGGACUGGGUUUCAUCGAUGGUAGCAGCACACAAGAAAGACAAAGAAGAGAUACGACUGUGCAUCAACCCAAAAGACUUGAACAAUGCUUUAAAGAGACCCCACUAUCCGAUGCGUAGUGUGGAAGACGUAGCCAGCAAAAUGUCAGGUGCCACCCUGUUUUCGGUGCUUGAUGCCAAGAACUCCUUUUGGCAAAUAAAGCUAGAUCAAAAGUCAUCCAUGUUGACAACAUUCAGCACACCUUUUGGGCGCUACCGAUUUCUCCGCAUGCCAUUUGGCAUCAACUCAGCAAGUGAAGUUUUCCAAAGCUCAAUGGAACAACUGUUUGCCGGUUACCCAUGUGCUGUCAUAGUCGAUGACAUCAUUGUGGGAGGUCGCGAUGCUGCAGAACAUGAUGCUAAUCUGAAGAAAAUACUGGAUCGUGCACAAGAGAUCAAACUUAGACUCAACUCUCAAAAGUGCAAGUUUCGGCUCGACCAAGUCUGCUAUGUUGGUCACAUAUUCACAAAAGAAGGUCUGAAAGCCGAUCCAACGAAAACAGAAGCCAUCACGGAGAUGCCGGUCCCGCAAGAUGCCCUAGCUGUGCAACGAUUCCUGGGCAUGGUGAACUACUUGGGGAAGUUUAUCCCAAAUCUCAGCGACAUUGCAGCACCACUCAGGCAGCUCACUCACAAAGACGCUGCAUGGUGCUGGCUCCCCCAACACCAACAGGCAUUUGAGGAAUUGAAGUCAUGUCUAUCCAGCUCACCUGUCCUUUCUUAUUUUGAUGUAGGGAAACCUGUGAUGCUAACAUGUGAUGCAUCCCGUUAUGGGUUGGGUGCAGCAUGUUUACAAGAUGGAAAGCCAAUUGCGUAUGCAUCUCGCACAUUGUCAGAUACAGAAACCCGUUAUGCGCAAAUUGAAAAAGAACUCCUUGCUGUUGUUUUUGCAUGCACUAAGUUUAAGGACUACAUCUAUGGCAAGCACACUGUCAUAGAAACAGACCACCAACCUCUGGUCACUAUACUGAAGAAGCCGAUCCUCACAGCUCCAGCUCGUCUGCAGAGGAUGCUACUUCGUCUACAAGCUUUUGACAUCACCUUGGUUUAUAAAAAGGGCAAGCAAAUGUACCUUUCCGACACCCUGUCAAGAGCCCCAAGCGGUAAAGUUUCUGAAUUAUCUAGUGCUCGCAGCUCGUUUGAAGUCAUGUCAGUCAGUUUUAUCUCGACAGCCAGGCUUGAAGAGCUGAGAACACACACUGCCAGUGACCAAGUGCUUCAAACUCUUAGCAAUGUGAUCCAGAAUGGAUGGCCUAACAAAGAACGUCAGGCACCGCUCUCUGUCCGCCCAUACUUUCCAUACAGAGACGAGUUGGUAGUGGAAGAAGGUAUUGUUGUUAAAGGACACAGACCUGUCAUACCAAUCUCACUGCAACAAGAGUACAUCCAAAUUAUGCAUAGAGGUCACCCAGGCCUUGAAUCAACUAAAUGUAGAGCCAGAAGUACAGUGUUUUGGCCCAACAUGAACACGGACAUCACAAAAGUACUACUGUCUUGUGCUGUAUGCAAUAGCACACGACCACACCAGCAAAAGGAACCGCUGAAAGCUCAUCCUGUCCCUACCCUGCCAUGGUCUACGGUCGCAACGGACAUUUUUGAAUGGCAUGGUCGACAGUAUUCAGUCCUUGUUGACUCUUACUCGGGAUGGUUCGAAAUUGAUCUGCUUCGUGAUUUGUCUUCAGCUACAGUGAUAAAAAAGCUAAAGAGACAUUUUUCUGUUCAUGGAGCACCCCAUACACUGAUUUCUGAUAAUGGCAGACAAUACACUAGCCAACGAUUCCGCGACUUUUCCAAACAGUGGGACAUUACGCACGUUACCAGCAGUCCCGGAUACCCGCAGUCGAAUGGAUUAGCCGAGCGUGCCGUCCGCAGUGCCAAACAGCUCAUGGAAAAGUCACACCGAGAUGGAACGGAUGUUUUUCUCAACCUGCUCAACCUCAGGAACAUUCCUCGAGACAGCACGCUUGGAUCACCUGCACAGCGUCUCAUGUCUCGCCAGACGCGUUCUGCCUUUCCUGUCAACAACACUCUGCUUGUGCCUGCAAUAAAGGGUGCAGGACAAGUGGCUACUCAGCUUCAAAGGAGAAGACUUGUUCAAAAGCAGUACUAUGAUGCAACAAGUCGCCCUCUGGUGCCACUUGUGAGAGGACAAAUUGUCCGGUUACAGACUGCAGAGGGAUAUGACCGCCUCGGGAAAGUGGUUCAGGCUUGCAAAGAGCCGCGCUCCUACAUCGUUGAAUCCAACGGAGGCAUCUACAGGAGGAAUCGCCGUCACAUCCUUCCUGUUGCUGAACCAACCCCACCUUUGCACGCCGACUCUGACCAUCACUCUCAACCACCGGUUCCGAGUCCGCCGGACCCUCUUCUAUCCAGUCCACAUGCCCGACCGUCUCACUUCUCUCAACCAUCUGCUCACUACUCCACCAAUGAGCAAUCGACAACAUCUCCAGCUGACGUGCCCACCCGAGUGUCACACAAUUGUUCUGCUUAUGUGACUCGCUCAGGUCGGAUUUCUAAGCCGAAUCCGAAGUACAAGGAUUGAACUGCAUGUUUGUUAGUUGCGUUUUGAAAAAAAAAAAAGUUAAGCUCUAAGGUUGUUUACAUACUUGUUAUUAUUACCAAGUGUACCUUCGUGCAUUUCCAAGAGGAAUAAUUUGUUAAUUCAGUAAGUUUUAUGCUGCCAGUUUUACGCAGACUUGUUUAUUUGUAGACUGUCACGUCACAUUUGUAUAUUACAGUUUUUUAGUUAACAAUAUUUUUUAUAGAGGCAAUGUUCUAAAAGGAGAGGAUGUAGAUAAUUGCAUGAUUGUGUAUUGUGCUAAAAGAAUGUCCCGCACGGCUACCGUAGCUGAGACGAAGAAGCUGCUCUCGCUCCCCGGAUGUAACGCAACCAAGUGAUAGAUUUGGUUCUCUGAAUCCUCGUGUGAGUUUAUUAAACUGCUGUCCUCUGAA